UUUUUUUUUUACAGUAUUAAAAUAUAAAUAUAAAUAUAAUAAUAAUGUUACAGAGACUGUUACAAUAAUUCAAGAGUUAUCGGGAAGAAAUAAAUAAUAAAUAAUGAAUUUAUCAUCAAGUGACGAGGUAAUGCCAAUUAUUGGCUCAAUUGUUGAUAUAUAUUGAUAUUAUAAUUAUUAUUGCUACGUAUAUUUGUCAAGCUGACAGCUGAGUAUUAAUUUAAUAACGUAUGUCAAUAUUUUGUAAUUAACAAUCAUGAAUCCUAUGGAACUGAUUAAAAUUGGAAAGGUUGAGAAUGUCAGGAUGCUGGAUAGGUACAGUAAUAAACACUCGGUAGGAACUUUGUAUUUGACAGCAACACAUUUAAUUUUCACAUACCCCAAUGAAAAGAAACAGAUUUGGGUGUUGAACACUCAUAUCGCUAGUAUUGAAAAACAACCAUUGACUACUGCUGGAUCUCCGCUGCAUAUUAAGUGCAAACAUUUUUUGACAAUUACCUUUAUUAUUACUAAAGAACGAGACUGCCAUGAUAUUUAUUUAACGUUAAUGAGACUAUCUUCUCCAGCUCGAAUAGAUGAUGUCUAUUGUUUCCAUUCGCGAAUAAGCAAAAACUUGACACCCAAGUUCGACGGCUGGAGUUUAUUUGACAUUCAGAAUGAAUUCCAACGACAAGGACUCCCCAACUCUGAAUGGACACUCACUUACUUGAACACUAGCUACGAACUUUGUGAUACUUAUCCUAGAUAUCUUUAUGUUCCCUCUACUUGUACAAAUAAUGUUCUUGUUGGAAGCGCCAAGUUUCGAAGCAAAGGACGUCUACCUGUCCUCACUUAUCUUCACUCUAAUAAGGCUGCAAUUUGUCGAUGUAGUCAACCACUAUCGGGAUUUAAUGCACGAUGUCCUGAAGAUGAACAAAUGCUGUAUCAUAUUCUUUGUACAAAUCCUAAUGCUAAGUUUAUGUAUGUUGUUGAUACUCGGCCCAGAAUAAAUGCAAUGGCCAACAGAGCAGCAGGAAAAGGAUAUGAAAAUGAAAACUUUUAUGACAAUAUUAAAUUCCGUUUUUUUGGGAUUGAAAAUAUUCAUGUUAUGAGAGCGAGUUUAAGUAAACUUAUUGACUUACAAAAAACUACAUCGAUGAGCGCAUUUCUAAAUGGUUUAGAAAGCAGUGGUUGGCUGAAACACAUAAGAUCAAUUUUGGAGACCAGUUGGUUUAUCGCCAAAGCAAUAAUAAACGGAACAAACGUUGUUGUUCACUGUAGUGAUGGCUGGGAUCGUACUGCUCAAGUUUGUUCAGUAGCAGCCUUGCUUUUAGACCCGUUUUACAGAACAAUUCAAGGAUUUCAAGCUUUAAUAGAAAAAGACUGGCUAGCAUUUGGACACAAAUUCAGUGAUCGAUGCGGCCAUAUUACAUCUGAUCCCAAAGAAUUAGCUCCAAUUUUCACUCAAUUUAUUGACGUAACAUAUCAAUUACUGCAUCAAUUUCCUUAUAUGUUUCAAUUUAACGAAUACUUUUUAUUAGUUCUUCAUGAUCAUGUACACAGCUGUCAGCAUGGUACAUUUAUUGGUAAUAACGAAAAAGAGAGACAGUUGUUACGAUUGUCAGAAAGAACGAAAUCAUUGUGGGAAGAUAUAGCGGCUGAAAUAAACGAGUACAUAAAUCCUCUGUACGCGUGUAAUAAUUAUAAAGAUGAAUGUAAUAAAGUAUUAGAACCAAAGCUAUCACCGCAAAAUAUUGAACUGUGGAAAGGUUUGUAUUUUCGAUUUGAAAAUGGAAUUCAUCCCCGAGAGACUGGACAAGAUUAUGUGCUCGCCCUUCACAAUCACACGACUUCCCUAGAGGAUCAUGUUAAAUUACUAAUUAAAAGAGUCAAUAGUUUAAGUCAAUUGCCCAAGAGUCAACAAAACAAUCAACCAAAUUACAAUUACGACGAUGAGUUCAGUAAAGAUCUGGACUCGGAAAAAAUAAUUGACAAAGAUGAAAAUGACGGUGGGGGUGCUAAUAAUGAUGCUUUAGUAAAUCAAAUAGAAAGUGAGCUCAAAAGUGUUGCGCUUGAGUGGAAAACUAGCAGUAAAGUUGAGGAAUGCUCUUGCUGCUCAACUUUUGACGCUUUUAAUAAGAAGAAUCAUUGUUGGUCUUGCGGAGACGUAUUUUGUAUACGAUGCAUCGAAGAAGAGCCCAAAUUACUAUCUGGUCAUUUGUCUCAACGCCCAGUACCCACGUGUAAAUCUUGCUCACGACGAUCUCCGACAACACCUUCCUGAAAAUGGACACUAGCCAUCUCCAAAGCCCAUUACUGAUCACAUUUUUUUUAAAUCCUUACAUGUGUACUAUUUUUAAAAUACAGGUAAGUUUUUUAUGAAAUUAAUCGACCGAAUCAUGAUUAAAUGUAUCAACAAUAAUAAUUGAUAAUAUUUAAAGAGAAUAAAAUGAUCCAAAGAUCUAUGAUAAAGUAUUUUAAAAUAAAAGAGAAUGUUUUAAAAUAGUUAGCACAGUUCAAUAAAAUUUUAUUUCUCACA